UUCCAGGCUGCAUGCGGCCAACCGCACCGUUCAAAAGCUUUCAUGGCGAUUGCAAAACAAUCCACACAAGCAACGGGAUCCGAGGACACUUUGUGGUUUGACACGAUUGUGGUCGUUCGAAGUUGGAUGUCAAGGCCAGCUGAGGGCUCAAGCGAACAAUAAGCAUGAGCAGCAUCGCCGUUCCACACGCUCUCGGAUUGUUGACUUCCGCCCCCAUCCAUAUCGUAGACAGGCUCAUUCAAAGCAACUGGAAGCACAAUCAUCGCACAUGGUAGUGAGAGCUAUAGCGGGCUAACUUCCCAUGUCGCCAUGCACCUUCGCGCGUUAUUUGGGUUAUACUCCCGUCCAUCCAUGCGGAGAGAAGUCUUCUCGAGUGCUUCGACGACCGAUCUGCACAGCAGCAAUCGUCCCGCAUGACCAUAUCCGAGGCUAUUGUUGAUUCUUGUCUCGGAUUGUAUGUGCGUAAUCGACUUUCGAUCCAGCAUAAAGCUCGAUAUUGCGAUGGGUCAACGUCCUCGAAGGCCUUUCCUUGACCUGUGAAGAUGAUGGUACUCUCUCUUCUUUCCUGUGUCCUUCUGGCGCUAUACGCCAAUGCUGCUACUGCGGAGCUGACUCGUCCUAGUCCUGUGACGAUCAACCUUUCCUCUAGGAAGGUCACCACAGGACAGAGUCUCCGACGUCGGGCUCUCCCUGCUUCCAAUAUCCCCUUAAAGGACUUUUUCAGUGGCACAGACCUUCAGUGGUUCGGCAACAUUUCUAUUGGUACGCCGCCCCAGGUGCUCAGUGUUGUCUUUGACACCGGAAGUAGCAGCUUGGAAUUUGCCAGUACACAGUGCGGCGCCGCAUGUGCUAACCAGAAGCAAUUCGACCCAACUAGGAGUUCAACAUUCAGGGACGGCGGUCGUACCUCAACGAUCACCUUCGGCACCGGCGUUGGUGUAGACCCCGUCAUCGGCAAUAACUGGCAACUUCAACUUCGUAGUGCCACAGAUGUCGUGUCUAUCGGUGGCCUGAAUGCUGGAUCCGUUAGCUUGUUCCUCAUUACCAACCAGACACCGACUUUUGCUCCCGAUCCGUUUGACGGUAUUCAAGGAAUGUCUCCUCGUCUCACUGGUUUCUUUGCCGCUCUCGCAGCUCAGGGUUUGCCAUCCCUGUUCAGCAUGUUCCUCACACCCAGCAAUGUUGGAAGUGCGGAGCUUACCAUCGGCGGAAUCGAUACCAGCAAGACUACCGGUGGUCUCACCUUUGCUUCUAUUGAAUCGACUAGCUUUUGGCAGCUACGUUCGAUCCAAAUCUUCGUGAAUGGCCAAACCAGCAGCACACUCCAAAGGUCCCGCAAUAUCAUCUUCGACAGUGGAACUAGCAACAUUGUGUUGUCACAGACUGAUGCUCAGGCCAUCUACUCCUUGAUCUCCGCGGACAUUCAACCUAAUCCUGCCGAGCCAGGAACGUUUGGUAUUGCAUGCAAUCGCAUUGCUUCGUUGCCAGCGGAGAUUUCGUUUGUUUUCACUUCGCAAGAAGGCCAACCAUUUAAUCUCACCAUUCCGAGCAGCGAGUUGAGUGUUGGAUCUUUCAGGUCUAAUCCUUCGUUGUGCCAGACUCUCAUCAACGCGGACGACGAUUUCACGAUCAUUGGGGGAAGUUUGUUAAAGCACUAUUAUAGCGUUUGGGAUAUCGGUGGUCAGCGUAUGGGAUUUGCUCCGAAUGUAUUCUUAUAAGUACCAUGUGUUGUACAUUAACGUUGAGAGCCAUAAACAAGAAUUUGAACUGUCUGCUCUUUGCAUCUCCCCGCGCCUUCCCGUUUGGUGGGGAUGCAUCUUGCUAUGGGAGACGAGCAUUUCACAGACACCCUGCGAU